AUGGCGAGCAAUAUCCUCCCCGGCCAUGGUAAUGGUCAUAGAGAUGAAUCAACCCCGCUUCUGCCGCAGAUCUCAAGCCAUAUCGCUCACGAGGGAGAAAGCGGGAGGAGCGGUUUUCAUCCUCGUCAUUUCCUCGCUGUUCUCUGGCGAAGCUCUUGCACCGCGUCGAAAUGGGUAAACAUCCUCUGGCCGGUUGUCCCCAUCGCUAUCAUCUUUCAGUUCUUCCCUGGCCUGCAUCUCUGGAAGUUUGCUACCGCGUACAUCGCCGUGAUCCCAACUGCCAACCUGCUUGGAUUUGCGGGACAGGAGUUUGCGCGCAAGUUGCCCAAGGUAGCUGGUAUUCUCAUCGAGACGACGUUUGGAUCUAUCAUUGAGAUUAUUCUCUUUAUUGUUUUGCUGUCGAAGCAUGAGGUCAACGCUCCUGAGGAUAACGGCGAUGAAGGAAACCUCAUUCCUAUCAUCCAGGCCGCGAUCCUCGGCAGUAUCCUUACCAAUCUCCUCCUCUGUCUUGGCCUCUGCUUUUUCGUUGGUGGCCUCAAGCAAGCCAGCCAAAAGUUCCACGCCAUUGUCUCAGAAGUCGGCACCGGACUCCUCCUCGUCGCAGCAUUCGGUCUCCUCAUUCCCAGUGCAUUCUACUCCGCGCUCAAAGCCGAGGUUGUCCCCGACUUCCCAGGCUUCCGAAUUCUGCACGAGAAGUUUACAGAGGGUAAACUCCAAGACGAUGUUCUGCGCAUCAGUCAAGCAACAUCAAUUGCACUGAUUAUCGCGUUUUUCUUUUACAUCUGGUACCAGGCUAGCAGCCAGCAUAGUAUCUUCGAUGAGGUUAUUGAGAUGGAUGAGCAUCGAGAUGCUGAUCGCGAGGCUGAUAUGGAGAAGCCCAAGUUUACCAUGACCGAGGCUAUUAUUGCUAUAUUGAUUGCUCUGGCUUUUGUUACUGCUCUUCUGAUCUUUCUUGUUGAGAAGAUUGAGCAUGUUGUUGAGAGUGGAGUGCCUGAUCAGUUCUUGGGUCUCAUUCUAUUGCCUUUUGUUGAGAAGGCUGCUGAGCACCUGACAGCCAUUGAUGAAGCUUAUGGUAAGGGCAAUCCUUCUCUCCUCAAGGUAUCGACUAACAAGUUCUCAGAUGGUGUCAUUAAUGUCGCCCUGUAUCACUGCCUCGGACCAUCUAUCCAAACAGCCCUGUUCAACGGUCCCCUCGUUGUUCUCGUCGGCUGGGCCAUCGGAAAGCCCAUGGACUUGAACUUUGAGAUCUUUAUGAUUGUCCUACUUGUUCUGUCCAUCCUGGUGGUUGGAAACUUCCUCCGUGAUGGCGAGUCCAACUGGCUUGAGGGUGCACUUCUCGUGGUCAUUUAUGCUAUUAUUGCUAUCGCGUGCUGGUACUAUCCAAACCCUGACGUGGCUACUUCAAAUGGCAUCGAAGGUUCCGAGAUGGUCAACGUCACCAUGAGUGUCGACACUCUGCGUCAGCUGCAGAAGCUUAUUAACGCGCAGCUGCCACAGAACUAA